AUGGCCGGGAGCAUAGACGACCUGGAUGUCGUUCUGGUGACGCAGCUGCCCCCGGAUUCUUGGUUCGAGGGCUUUGCCAUCCGGCCCAACAACCAUAUUUUAGCGGCGCGGCUCGACGCGCCGGUCGUUUACGACAUAGACGCAGCGGACCCAGAUGCCGAACCACAGCCAGUAUUCGAAUUCCCAGGCGUGGCGGCCGCAAUGAAUCUGGCGCGCAUUCCUGGCAGACCCGACGAAUAUAGCGUCAUGACGUGUGAAGUGAGUGACCUGGCACACACACGGUGGGAGGUCUUCGCAAUAUGGCACCUAGAUCUCAGCACAGAGGGCGAGCCCAAGGCCACCAAGAAGGGCGAUAUCACAGACAUUGUGCUGCCCCUCGGACUGUGGCCAGUGACGGACCGAUUCCUCCUCGUGGCCGACUCGGCACAAAGCUGCCUACAAGUUCUGGACGUCACAACAGCCAAGAGCUCAAUCCUGCUUGCCGACGCAAAAUCAAUGAAUGCCAAGAGCAACGAAGACUUUUUCGGCAUCAAUCGGAUAUCCGUUGUCAAUGAUCACAUUUGGUUCUGCAAUUACAGCCAAGGCGCAAUAUAUCGGGUGCCAUUCGAGCUGGACGAGAGCAACGCAGAAAAGCCCGUACGGAUUACUGGCCCAGUAGAGUUGGUAGCCGAAGGCCUCGACCAAUGCGACGGGUUCCAGGUUAAAUCAGAUGGAAGCCUUGCCCUUACAGUAAAUUCAGACGACGGAACCCUCAUGCGCACCGAUAUUGAAAAAUCAGACGUGGGUGCCUCGACGUGCUCAAUAGCAAUGAACAUGCUCAUCAACCCGACCGUUGUUGAGCUGGGUCCGGAAACGGAUGGCAAGCAGACGGUCUUUGUCAUAUGCUGCGGAGAGAUCAACGUUGGCUGGCUCAACGACAACUUUUCCUGGCGGGAUAUCGCCAAUGCAAUCGACGAGACGGUCGUGGUAGAUGUCCAGUCGGCUCGGACUUCCAUCAGAAGUGGAGCCUCGCAAGCGGUAUAA